UUGCUGAUGACAGGGACAAAACAACACGGGGAGAGCCGCUCAUAUUUACCAUUACCGUCGACCACACUAUACACUUUUACAGCUGAUAGUUCCCCGAUGAUAAUACGGUGAACAACGGGAUGUAGCCAAUAAAAUGGAGUAUGAUGAGAGACUUGCACUUUUCCGCCAAACCCGCCUCAAUCCAUUCGAUCGUGGAGAGGAAGAAGAUGGUCCCCAAGGAGGGAAGACGCCCCCGCAGCACGAAGCAAGACCUGAGCUGUUCUCGGGGACCAGAACCCACAGUUCGGAUCGGACCAUGGACCUCGGUCUAGCUGAGGAUCACUUCUCAAGGCCUGUGGGUUCCUUUGUGGCGUCAGACAUCGAACAGCUGAAACUGGCCAUAGAGGAAUGCAAGAAGCUGAUCUUGGAGCUGCCGGAGCAUUCAGAGAGACAAAAGGACACUGUGGUGAAACUUAUUCACCUGCGUCUCAAACUGCAGGAACUCAAGGACCCAGAGGAGGAUGAGCCAAAUCUGAGAGUACUUCUCGAGCAUCGCUUUUCCAAGGAAAAGAGCAAAAGCGUGAAACAGACCUGCGACAAGUGUAGCACUAUCAUCUGGGGCCUUAUCCAGACCUGGUACACCUGCACAGGAUGCUACUAUCGUUGCCAUAGCAAGUGUAUGAACCUGAUCACCAAGCCCUGCGUCAGGUCGAAGGUCAGCCACCAGUCAGAGUACGAGCUCAGCAUCUGCCCUGAAAUAGGACUAGACCGGCAGGACUACCGCUGUGCAGAAUGUCGCACUCCUAUUUCUCUGAGAGGUGUCCCCAGUGAGGCCAGACAGUGUGACUACACGGGCCAGUAUUACUGCAGCACAUGCCACUGGAAUGACACAGCCAUCAUCCCGGCUCGCGUCAUCCACAACUGGGAAUUUGAACCACGCAAGGUUUGUCGCUCCUCAAUGCGCUACCUGGCACUGAUGAUGCCGCGACCUGUGCUGAGGCUGAAAGAAAUCAACCCGCUGCUUUUUAACUUUGUGGAGGAGCUGGUGGAGAUCAGGAAACUUCGUCAAGAUAUUCUGUUGAUGAAACCUUAUUUUAUUACCUGCAAGGAGGCGAUGGAAGCUCGGCUGCUAUUACAGCUACAAGACCGGCAGCACUUCGUGGAGAACGAUGACAUGUACUCACUACAGGAUUUGAUUGACAUCUCCAGCGGCAGACUCAGCUGUUCCCUCACAGAGAUCCACACCACAUUUGCAAAGCACAUCAAACUAGACUGUGAGCGUUGUCAGGCCAAAGGAUUUGUGUGUGAGCUUUGUAAGGAGGGAGACAUCCUCUUCCCUUUUGACAGUCACACCUCAGUGUGCCACGACUGCUCCGCUGUCUUCCACAGAGAUUGUUACUAUGACAACUCCACGACUUGUCCUCGAUGUGCUCGAAUGACUGAACGCAAACAAGACGACGAGCCGGACGUGAAGGAAGCGUAGCUCUAAACGAAGGACCAGCCGAUGCUACUGGAUGUUGCACUUUGCCGAAAGAUCAAGGACGUCUGACCGUAGUGUUAAAAGUAGCUUCUCGUCUUUGUCUUUGAGUUGUUCUGUGUCGAUGCUAUCGUGUCUUUAUUUUCAUGUGCACUACAGAAUGAAACAGGGUAUUUACAAGCCCACCUGGAAGUUAAUAUAUAUAUACAUACAUAUAUAUAUAUAUAUUUUUAUCAAACUUUUGCAUUCGUACUGAAGUUGGAUGUACUGAACACUGUGUAUGUAUGUUUAACGUUAGCGUGUGUGUGUGUGCGAGUGUCUGCUUGUAUAAAUGUACAAAUAAACGCCCUAUAGAGUAAAGCCACCUCAUCAGUAGGUGCUCGUGCAUGCGGGGGCUGUAUAAGAACUUAAAAGCCUCAACUUUUACUGCCAACUCUGCAACACGAUAAACUUUAAGGUUGCCAUAUUGUUAAACGGUUUGGACUUUUAAGGAAUAUAACAGCGAGCUUCUGAUGACAAAAUCUAAAAUUGUAUUAACCAGAAAUCUGCCUUUCCGGUUGUAUGUCUUAAAACUAAAACUGUGCUUAAGUACUUUUCACUGAGCUGCCGUUUCUAAGCAUCUCUUUGUAUAACAACUAAACAUGCAUUAAUUAGUCGUCAGUAGGAUCUGGAUUAAAUCUGUCAGAGUUCAACAGAUUUAGGUCACUGCAGCUUUUCUUUUUGCCCUUUUGACACAUUUUCUCUCUCUAUUGAUGUGGUUAGCCAAGUCUUAAACCAAUUUCUUUCCAGCAUCAUAGAAGAAAUAAACACUACUAUACUAUACUAUCCAGUGUAGGCCAGCUCUGAGGUUAUCAAUAGUCACUUGAAGCCAUAAUUUGCAAUACACAUAUCUUGGCGACGGAUAUAUAAUCAAAGCAUGCAGUGCGGAAAAGAAACAUAACGUGUGGGGGGUGGGUUUUGUGAAACACGCUUUCUUUUCAUGCAAAAACUGUGAACUCAUGUCGUACAGUUUGCCGUGUGUUCGAUCCAGUUCUGUUCAGUGCAGCGUAGCAACUAGCCGUGGAUACUCAUGAACAUCGUGUGCCUAAGACUGUCAGGUUACCUACAGCUGUUAUCCAAACGUCGUCGUACCAUCACGUGUCGUCUCCAGCUCUACCUAUUAUAGCACAUUACGUCCAGAGAUUACAAACGUGUUAAGUGGCAACUUUGGCGAUGUGUAAAUGUUGAUCUAAAGUAUUUGUUUUAAAAUAAUGACUUAUGGCUGUGUUAUCCUUUAACAGCAUGAUGUACUGUAUAUUUUGUUUUUUUUUCAAACUAAUGGACAUACGUGGUGCCGGUCAAAGCCGUGCCCUGUUGUGAAACAUGAGCAUGAAUAAAAUAAUGAAAUGCAUUGAA